AUGGAGAAACUUCCUAUUCACACCGGUGAAACCCAUGCUACUCCCCAAGAGCCAAGAUGGAUGGCUCCACAGACAAGUCCACGAAGAGCCAUUUUUUUGAGACGCCUCUUUAUCGUGUUUUGUUUCUUGGCUGGAUAUUACAUGCUGAUUAGACCGCGGCCUACACAGUGCAUGUCACCUGCAUGUGCACCUUGCGAUACCUAUAAGUGCUUGGCUCCAGGCCAGAUCACUGACGACUCUACGGGUGUUGCUACCAUGAACGAAAAUGAACAGGCUGGAAUCCACCAAUACCCCGUUACUAGCGAGAUGAAUAAAUCAACGAGGGUUCCUCUGGAGGCCCAUAUCAUGAGCAAAUGUCCAGAUGCACAAGGCUGCCUACAGAAGCUUGUUCUCCCAGCUAUGGAGCAGAUCAGUGACAAGGUGGAUUUCAAGCUUUCUUUUAUUGCCAGUGUAUCUAAAGAAACCUCCGAUAUCCAGUGCAUGCAUGGCCCUGAAGAGUGUAUCGGUAACAUGCUCAUGCUAUGUGCUGCGAACCUGCCCUUUCCUCCUACGUCGGACAGAUCGCUUCUCCCACAAGAUUACCCUCGAACUCCUAUCAUUCGAUCUCUGGGCUUUGCGAACUGCCUGAUUAACGAUUAUACCCGCAUCCCAGACCGUGGUCUUGUCCACCAGUGUGCUCUGGAACAUGGCAUUGACUUCGACGCCUUGAACCAAUGCGCAAGCCAGCAAAGCGAUGCCCCGGACGAUGGCCAACGUGGGAAAAGCCCGCUUAGCGGAAUUGCCCUUCUACGACAGAAUGCUCUGCAUAGUGAACGGCUUAACGUACAAACGAGCUGUACUGUCCGGUUGGACGAUACUGUCUGGUGCAUCCAUGAUGGUGGAGAUUGGAAAAACUGCGCUCAGAAUGGCGAGGGCAGUAAACCUCAGGUCUUAGCUGACGAGAUCAAGAGACUCUGGCAAGAGAGGAACUGA